AUGAGUCAUGCUACUAGAGGGUCUCGUGUAGUAUUUGUCGGCAACAUCCCUUUCGAACUUUCAGAGGAACAGUUAAUCGAUGUAUUCAAGGAAGUCGGUCAUGUUGCUUCAUUUCGACUUUUAUUCGAUCGUGAAACAGGUCGACCCAAAGGCUAUGGAUUUUGUGAAUUUUACGAUGCUGAAACAGCUGCGAGUGCUGUUCGCAAUUUGAAUGAUUAUGAGAUCGGAGGACGUCAGCUUAGAGUAGAUUAUGCUGCUAUGGAUGACAAUCAAAAUAGAGCUAAUAACGCUAAUCGGCACCACCAGCACCAUCAUGGAGGUCCCUCUCACACACAACAACAACAACAGCCUCCUUCUGCACCUUUACCUCAUCAGCAGCAGCCACCUAUGCACCCUUCACAGCAGGGUAUGCCAUCAGCACCGCAAAAUAUGCCUAUGCAACAGCAUGCUAUUCCUAUGCAACCAAUGCAGCAAGGAAUUCCACCCCACUUACAACAGCAGCAGCAGCUACCAGUGCAUCAGCCAGUACCGCCUUUGCAGCAGCAACAACCACUACCAUCAGUUCAACAACAAUCACCCAUGGUAUCCAACCCUCAUUUAUCGUCUGUGGAUGAAAUCUCCAAAGUACUAGCUUCGAUGAACGCUCAAGACUUGUUUACAUUAAUGAGUCAAAUGAAGCAAAUGUCUUUUGAAAGACCUGAUUUUACAAAGGAGUUUUUGACAACCAAUCCUCAAGUUGCAUAUGCAUUAUUUCAAGCUAUGGUAAUGAUGAAUAUUGUAGACCCUAGCAUAAUUACACGAGUAAUGACUACUGCUACAGUACCUCAGCAAUCCCCCGCUGUUGCCCCUCAACAACAAUUACCACCACAGCAACCUCCUCCAGUACAACAGCAGGCAACACCUAUUAUACAAUCACAGCAACCCCAGCAGCCAUUGCUACCACAAGUACCCAUGGCAGGCACUCCUACUAUGGGUCAAUCUCAGCCUAUGCAGCCUAUGAUGGAUGAUCCUGAACAACAGAAACAAUUGUUAAUGAAGGUUUUACAAUUGACAGAUGAACAAAUAAACGCACUCCCACCACAUACAAGAGAUCAAAUCAGACAACUGAAAUCACAAUUAACUAUGCAACAAUAA